AUGAAGCUCACGUUCAAAGACCUGAAGCAGCAGAAGUUUGUAAUCGAUGCAGACCCGUCAGAGACGGUCGGCCAAGUAAAGGAGAAGAUUUCCAAGGAAAAAGGCUGGGAAGUUCCUCAACUGAAGCUUAUCUACUCCGGAAAAAUUCUGCAAGAUGACAAGACGAUCGAAACAUACAACAUUGAGGAGAAGGGCUUCAUAGUGUGCAUGGUGUCCAAGCCCAAGGCUUCUUCGUCCACUGCCACCCCAUCACAGGCCCCUUCCACACCUUCAAGAGCCGCUGCUUCGACGCCCGCUGCACCUCCCGCCCCGGUUCCAUCUACGAAUACCUCCGCACCGGCUGCCCCUGCAACUCCUUCCCCGGCUGCGGCUGCUGCCGGCCAGACGCCGUCUUCAUCCUUCAAUGAUCCCUCGGCGCUGUUGAGUGGUUCCCAAAGCGAACAAGUCGUUGCUCAGAUGGAAAGCAUGGGCUUCCCAAGGUCGGAUAUCAACCGUGCGAUGAGAGCUGCUUUUUUCAACCCCGACCGUGCUAUUGAAUACCUUUUGAAUGGGAUCCCAGAUAAUAUCCAACAGGAGGAGCAGCAGCAGCAACAACAACAACAACAGCAGCAGCAGCAGCAGCAGCAGCAGCAGCAGCAGCAGGCUGACACUGCCACUGCUGCUACUGCACAAGAAACACCUGCUGCCUCUGGAGAGGGUGCUGCACCCGCCACGACUGGUGCUGACGAGCCAGUUAAUUUGUUUGAAGCUGCUGCUCAGGCCGGUGGUCAGGAGGGUGGACGUGGAGCUCGUGCUGGGGGUGCUCCGGGCACUGGUGGUGAAGGACUCCCAAGCCUUGAUUUUCUUCGGAAUAACCCCCACUUUCAGCAGCUGCGGCAGCUAGUCCAGCAGCAGCCGCAAAUGCUCGAGCCGAUUCUCCAGCAAGUAGCUGCUGGCAAUCCCCAAAUUGCACAACUUAUCGGACAAAAUGAGGAGCAAUUUCUUCAACUCUUGAGCGAGGAGGAUGAUUCCGCGCUUCCCCCUGGUACGCAUCAGAUCCAUGUUACUGAGGAAGAGAGGGAUGCCAUUGAACGUCUUUGCCGCCUCGGAUUUUCGCGGGACUUGGUCAUCCAGGCCUACUUUGCUUGCGACAAGAACGAGGAGCUUGCUGCGAAUUACUUGUUUGAGAACCCGGAUGACCAGGAUGACUUAUAA